AGCAUGCUCAGUAGAAGACAGCUGUACGGGACAAAGCACCUCUGACUGCGUGAGGCUCUGCAACGUACUGAUAAACAGGACAGUGAGCUGUAAUAGCUUUUUCUGGGACAUACGUUUUAAAGCGAAAUAGCAGAGAUGACAACCAUGUUCAGAUACCCCGUCUUUCCCCAUCUGCAGGAUCCUUGUGACCCUGGUCUAUCACUGUCACCGGGGAGAAGUGUCAUGGCGGAGCCAGACUAUCUGGAGGGAGACUGCGAUGAGCUCAUCAAACCCAAAAAGUUGAUCAACCCGGUCAAGACCUCCCGCAACCACCAGGACCUGCACCGAGAGCUGCUCAUGAACCAGAAGAGGGGCCUGGCUCCUCAGAACAAACCGGAGCUCCAAAAGGUUCUGGAGAAGAGAAAGAGGGAGCAAGUUCUCAAGGCGCAGAAAGAAGAACAGGAGGCACAUAAGAAGAGGAGUGACCUGGAGAUAGAGCUCAUGAAGCGGCAACAGAAACUAGAGCAGCUGGAGCUGGAGCAACAGAAAAUCGAAGAGGAGCAAGAGAACACCCCUGAGUUUGUGAAGAUGAAGAGCAACCUGCGCAGGACCAGGCAGGAAACCGACGGAGAGGAAAGAACCACCUAAAAAUGAGCAGGGGUGUCUGCGUCUGGCUGACUGUGCGCGUGUUUGAGGGCACGGGGACGUCAGGAGUGUGUGUGCGUGCACGAGAGAGUGUGUUGUGUCUGUGAUGCGCGGUGGUCUAAGAAAAACCUCCUGGCUUUUCCAACCCAGCUGAUCCUACCUGCAGUGAGGAGACAGACUUUACAAACUUUAAAGACCCCCUCCGUCUGCCUGCAACAGACCACCAGUACUCACCUCUUCUUCUCACACCCAUCCAGCAGCACACAGCACCCCCUACAGGAGGGACCUUACAGAGACAUGAUACAUGUUACACGCCCUGUCGACAAGGGCGAGCAAGCUUCCAAUGAGCUCUGAUGGAGAAAUGACGAAACACACCUAGGAGUUUUCACCCCUUCUGUUUUCACUCCUCUUCUCCCCAGAGCAAGCUGCCAUUUCUCUUUACUGUUAUUAAUGUUGUUAUUGUUGUUUUGUUUUUUCUUCAGAAUCAAAUAAGGAAAAGUGGACACUGGAUGGACUCUUGAAGCUGUGUAAUGUAAAAGCCAAACAAAUGUGCUUUUGUUAUUUAUGUUUGUAGCUUUUAGCCCAGGUAUAGGGAGGACACUUUUAGUCAUUCUGUAUCUUAGUUUGUUUUACAGCAUAGUUUUUGAAGCCAGAACAGGACAAAGGGAGUGUAUGACUGUGUGAAACACUCUAGUUUGCUUUAUUAUUAUUAUUAUUUUUAAUCCACACAUGCCAUUUCCUCAGCUAAUGCAAUUAUGAGCAAUAGUAGACUUCCCAGGCAUGAGAGUGAGCUUUUCUUUAUAUAUUCUGUUGUUUUGUAUGAAUAAAAGUGUUACUUAAUAAAUAAUUUAAGGUUUUUGUUAGGUUGGUAAAUGAGAAGAAGGCUUGAACCCUGUCUAACCAGUCUUUGUGUGAUUCAAUGAUUGAUUUUGUACAAACAGCAAGGUAUGAUUAAAAGUCUACACAUGUAAGCCAAUGGUCAUGAAAGAUUUAACUGCUUGUGUAUCUACACGGCUCCUGAGAACACACUGGUGUUUUAAUGAUUCUAGUAUGUUGUCUAUAUUUACAGUUGAGCCAUAGAUGUGCAACAUGGAUGAGUCAGAAAAUUAUUAAUCUUUACAAACAUUCAGCAAGGUUACACAAAGUAAGAAAUGUGAAUGUGAUUACUUUUUAGGUAAUCGCAACACCCUUUUAAAGGUUGUUUAUAUAUAAAAAUAAUAAUAGAAUGGGUCCAGAAUGAUAGUUUGUGGGGCUCUUCAGAGAUGAUCGUUGUUAUUUUCAUGGAAAGAGGCAGGUUUUUGUCAACUUAGCCUUGUGUUCUUCUCCAGAUUCUUUUUAAUAAAUGGUUUAACACAA